AUGGCCAUACGGAGAAAUACCCAUGUACUUGCACAUAGCUACGAGUUGCGGCCGUACAGCACCAUCAAUAGUCAACUCAUCAUUGAAGAAUUUAGCGAACCUGGCAACCUCAGCACCAUCCACGACCUUGCCAGUCCUGAUAGCCUCAAGAAAACCAGCGAGAUCUUCAGCGUUCUUUUUAAGUUCCUGUGCACAUAG